GGCCUCCGUUUUAGUUCAAUGUCCUUAGUGACACAUGUUUGAAGAUAAUUAGAAUUAACUUAUAAUACAAGACACCGGCGCUUUGAAUCUUUGAAACUGAACGAUCGUUGAUGAAGCUAUCGAUUAUUAACUUCUAUUAUUCGAAUGAGUAUUACAAUAUGGAAGAUUUUAAUGAACAAUGAAAGCUGUGCAGAAAUAAUUAAUAUGCAGCUGUGGUUAUUUUGAAAUAAAUUAACUAUAUAUCGUUUAACUACAGAGAACAUGGCACGUGAUUCAUUACAAUUAACUUCUGACGUACUGAUUAAUAAAUCGAUAAAUAUGGGACGAACAAACUGUAAAAGUAUCUAUACACUGUACGGAAUGUAAUAAUUUGGAAACGGAGAGUAACAUUUGAAAAAUGUUCCGGGGAAUCGGCUUCAAAGAUGCUGUGAUGACCAUUCUAUGACUUUGAGAAUGAAAUCUGCAAAAAUGAGGAAUGAAAAAGUCACCACAACCGUAAAGCUCCAGCCAAGAUAUAUGGGACAACGUCGAGUUUCAGUUAGAAAGCGGUGUGUAAUUGUUUCACAUUCCCCAACCGUUCAACGUUCAGAUCGGUUUCAGCAGCAAAUUCACAUGGAAGAUUCAAACAGCAAGGAAAAUCAAGCUCAUAGAACCUGCAUCAAGGUGCCUUCUAAGGUUGAGCCAAUCGUUACAAAUUGUGGUUUUGCGUCAAAUUCAUCGUUAUCACUUGAUGAUGAACUUGUACAGGCAGCAUUGGACCUUGAGAAAGACUGGAGUCCUGGAUUUCCAAAAGAAGAUGCUUUAAAAGCCAUUUACCCAAACAAUUGUAAGACUGUUUCCAAUUUUAAUGGAAACAUGACCAAAGAAGUAAAUCAGUGUGAUCUUUUUACUGAAGACAAGAAGUACUUAAAAUUAGGUUCUGAAGCAAGAGGAUGUAGUAGUAACAGCGUCGGGCAGAAGUCAUUGCAAAACAGGGUACCUGAUGUACAGACUAAAGCUUUGUUGGAAAUAACACAAGCUCCCUGUGAUUUGAUCGAUAACGCUUCACAUUGUGUUCGUAAGGAAAUACACACAAGUUCUAUUGAGGAUCAUGGAUCAGUGGGCGGUGUUACAAAGACUGUUGGAAGGACAUCACUGCUGAUCAACAGACAAAAGAGGGAACGACCUUCAUCUAUCAGCAAUGUUGAUUCAGACACUUCAACCUGCCCCACUGCAAAGAAAGUAAUGAUUUCUCCUGGGCCUUCAUCAGCCUUUAGUGAAGCCCAAUGGAAGUUUCAGAAAGCAAGACUUGUGGUUAAAAGACUGGUUAGAAUCAUGCCCAAGUUGGAUAACAAUUUUAAAACUUCAAGAGGACGCAGCAUGCUUAGUCCUAACAACCAGAAGUUGUUGCAAGAAAAGCAGCUUUCUCAUUCUAACUGUUCCUUGUCAGUACUGACACCUCCCCCUGGCCUCAGUCAAAGCUUGUUAGAUGGGAGUAAACUCAGUGAAUCUUUGACAGCAACAGGGCAAUGUGGGGAGAAUGCUGCUGCCACAGUACAAAAGCAGAUGCUCCUGCUGUCAAACUGGGGAAUACCCAAAGUAGUUCUGGAGAAGUAUCAGAGCAUGGGGUUGGUGAGCAUUUUUGAAUGGCAAGCUGAAUGUCUUAUGCAAAAUCAUGUAUUGGAGGGAAGAAAUUUGGUCUAUUCAGCCCCAACUAGUGCUGGGAAGACAUUUAUUGCAGAAUUGCUAAUCCUAAAGAGAGUUCUGGAAAAGAGAAAAAAGGCACUGUUCAUUUUGCCGUUUGUUUCAGUGGCAAAGGAGAAAAUGUAUUACCUGCAGAACUUAUUCCAGGAGACGUCGGUGAGAGUAGAGGGAUAUAUGGGAAGUACAUCACCUGCUGGUGGAUUUUCAUCACUGGAUGUGGCUGUUUGUACAAUUGAGAAAGCAAACGGACUCAUCAAUCGAAUUAUUGAAGAGGAGAAAGUAGAUCAACUUGGGAUAAUAGUAGUAGAUGAGUUGCAUAUGUUGGGUGAUUCUCACAGAGGAUACUUAUUGGAACUUCUGUUAACCAAGAUAUUAUAUGUCACUAAAAAGAGAGAAAAGAGUCGAAAGAUUUCAUCAGAAGAGCAGAGACUUAGUGAUGGAAUACAGAUCGUGGGAAUGAGUGCCACUCUUCCAAAUCUAGGGACUGUGGCAACCUGGCUAAAUGCAGAGUUGUAUUGUACAGAUUUCAGGCCUGUACCUCUAAUGGAGCGGUUAAAGAUUGGGAAUAAAAUUUAUGAUUCAGCAAUGACAAUGAUACGAGAAUUUAAACCUAUUCUUCAGGUAAAGGGAGAUGAGGAUGAUAUAGUCAGUCUUUGUUAUGAGACUGUGCACAAUGGCCACUCUGUCCUUCUCUUCUGCCCUUCUAAGAACUGGUGUGAAAAGCUGUCUGAAACCAUAGCCAGAGAAUUCUUCCAUCUGCACCACAAGGCUGCUGUUGGCACAGAAGGAUUUGUAAAAGCAUCCAAGUUGCUUCCUUUUGCACUCCGUAGGGAUGAGCUUCAGGAAAUUGUGGAUCAGUUGAAGCGAUCGCCAACAGGACUUGAUGUGGUACUAGGUCGUACUGUACCUCAAGGAGUGGGCUUUCAUCAUGCUGGAUUGACUUUUGAUGAGCGGGAUAUUAUUGAAGGAGCAUUUCGUCAGGGUUUAAUUCGCGUUCUUGUGGCUACCUCCACCCUCUCCUCUGGGGUGAAUCUACCAGCUCGUCGUGUGAUUGUGAGAUCACCGGUGUUUAAUGGAAGACUUCUUGACGUUAUUACAUACAAACAGAUGUCUGGGAGAGCUGGAAGAAAAGGAGUGGACACCAUGGGUGAAAGCAUAUUGGUGUGUAAACGUUCAGAAAGAACCAAAGGAAUGAGCCUGUUACAAGGCUGUCUUAGGCCCGUGCACAGUUGCCUUGUGAAGGAGGAGGGAGAGGGCAUCACCACAAGUAUGAUCCGAGCCAUCCUUGAGAUAAUAGUAAGUGGUGUUGCCAGCACCCCAGAAGAUGUACGUGUGUACACUUCCUGCACAUUGUUGGCUGCCAGUGCUCUUGAAAGUGAAGUAACAUCAAUCCAAGACAAUGCCAUUGAGGAUUCUAUUGAGUACUUGAUGGAGAAUGAGUUUAUUCAAAUACUUGAAGAGGAUCGGGACGGAGAUAAAAUUCAGUUGUAUCGUCCCACACAACUGGGAGCAGCUACACUUGCCUCUUCCCUGUCUCCUCCUGAUGCACUGAGAAUUUUUGCAGACUUGCAAAAGGCAAUGAAAGGAUUUGUUUUGGAGAAUGACCUUCAUAUUCUCUAUCAGAUCACACCAGUCUAUGAAGAAUGGGUAACCAUUGACUGGUAUCAGUUCUUUUGCUUGUGGGAGAACUUGUCUGCCUCAUUGAAGAGAGUAGCAGAGUUGGUGGGAAUUGAAGAAGGAUUCUUGGCCCGUUCAAUUAAAGGAAAACUUAUUCCAAAAACUGGCAAGCAGCACAGACAAAUGGCCAUCCACAAAAGGUUUUUUACCAGUCUUGUGUUACUAGACCUAAUCAAUGAAGUUCCUCUUGGAAUUGUUGCGAAAAAAUACCACUGUAGUCGAGGGCAGCUUCAGUCCCUGCAGCAAUCUGCAGCAUCUUAUGCAGGCAUGGUAACCGUGUUCAGCAACAGGCUUGGUUGGCACAAUAUAGAAAUGCUGCUCUCACAGUUUCAGAGCCGCCUUAGCUUUGGUGUUCAACGACAACUCUGUGAUCUGGUGCGGAUUUCCUUGCUGAAUGCCCAGCGUGCACGAGCUUUGUAUAAUGCUGGAUUUAGCACCAUUUCUGAGCUUGCGCACGGGAACCCUGCUGAUGUCGAAACAGCGCUGAGAAAUGCAGUCCCAUUUAAAAGUUCUAGGAGAGCAGUGGAUGAGACAGAGUAUGAAGCUCAAGAGCGCAGGAAGACACGUUGUAUAUGGGCGACUGGAAGGAAAGGCCUAUCUGAGGAAGAAGCUGCAGUGUUGAUUGUACAAGAGGCCAGGAGUCAUCUUCAACAAGAUUUGGCUUCAAUGGGCAUUGAAUGGAACCUCGAGCAGCUGUUGAAUUCUAAAGAGCAAGAGGAUGCUGAGAGCAAUCAGGAGCAUGAUGAUGCUGCCCUUGCAGGUCAAAAAAUUGAGUCAGUUGGGAAGAAUCUUGGACCUAUGGAAGUUUCAUUUGCUGAACCUUUGGAAUGCAUUGCUGGUAAAUCUGAAAUGACUUGUGAGAAGAAUAUAGAAAGCCUUGUUUCCAAUAGGGAAAUUACCAACAAGCAGCUGCCAUAUCACCUUUCCAAAGAAAAUAUUUGUACUGUAGUUGAUGGGAAUUGUAGGGCAACCUACAUGAAUCAAUCAAAUGUCAAACAACAUGUUCAGAGUGACAUAGUUGAAAGAAAUAUCAUUGUGAGGGACUGUGUUCUGGACAAAAGUAAUGAUGUAAACCAUGAAGAAAAGACUUUUGCCGAAAAUACAGUUCAAACUUUGCACCAAAUACAGUUGGAGAAUGACUCAAGUCAUCUAAAGAAUGGAGAAUGCAUUGUUAAUGAGAAUAAACCAGACAAUUCAAAUGUUGUUGGCUUCAAGUCAUCUCAACGGAAUUCUCUGACAGGGGGAUUUGAUGAGAGUCUUCAACUGGAUUCGCAAAUUGAAAGGAUUAUAGAACGUGCUGCCGUAGUGUUGGCUCCAUGUAAAUGCCCACAAGAAGCUGAAUGCAGAGUGCAAGUCCAAAAUGUAACAGAAAUAGAUGAGCACUUAGUUAAUACUGAAGCAAAAACAGACCAGUCUGAUGGUGACAUUCCAACUGAAAAUAAGAUGGCAAAAAAUAAGCCUGUUGCAAGACAGAAAACUGUACAUUUAACACAUUCUAACACCAAAGCUGGAAAGAAGAUGUCUUCUAACAUGGUGAAAUCCGUAGUGGUAUCUCCCAAAAGUGUUCCAGCUCCAUCCUCUCAAAUAUUUCACCCUGUACUGAAAGCCAAUGAUUUAUCUUUAAUAGAUACUCAAUUAGAGAACUUCAUACUAGAUUAUAAGACACCAUCUUCUGAAGAAGCUGUCCAAGCUGUUCAAAUAGUUAAUGGUGCAGAGAAUAAUACAAGUUCCAGUAGUGUAAAACUCAAUUUUCAAGAACUUCUUGGCCAUUCUAUGACUGAUAAUGAGAAGACACUGAACAUGAGUGACAGUCUGUUUGAUAGUUUCAUCGAACCUACCCCAUAUGAUGACAUGAAUGAACUGGAAUUUCUACCUGGACAAGAGUUUACACCUAAAGCAGAUAGGCACACUUCAUUUAGUCUGUUUGAAGAAGAUGGAAUUCAAGAUCAAAAUGAUAUGCAAACUCCUGAAGGAAAUUUGCAUUGGAAUGAUUUGUCAUUUAAUCCCUCAGACUUUAAAGAUUUUAGCCCAAAUACCUCAAAGGAGUUGCAUGUCCUUAAUCUAGAUGGGAGUACCUCUGAUAUUGCUGAUUGUGUUAGACUACAAGAUGAAAAAUGGCCGAAUGAUCAGAUAAAGAACAAGCCAAAGCAAAGCAUAUUAAUUAAGGAAUUGCCUACACAUCUGGGGGAAAAUAAGAUGCCGGAUAGCAAUACCUGGAUGUGGUCAGACACUUCACUUGAGCUAAAUUCAGGGAUGAAAGAUAUACUAAAUCAACCACCAGCUUCCCUAGGUCUGAGAGCUUCAGGUUUAAAUGACCAAACCAACAGAGAAGAAACAAACCUGGAGAAUGAUCACUGUUUUGGACCAUAUACAAAAUUUGAUGGCAUUCAGAACCAUGCAACGGAAAGCUCUGAUGUUCCAGACCAACAGCAUACUCUGGUGUUGGAUCAAACAGUGAAAACCCUUAAUCAAGUGGCAUUAAAUCACAACAAGGAAUUAGAUGCUUUUAACCAGUCCCCGGUUUUGGAAUUGGAUGAGCAACCAGAAUCCAGGUCGGAUAGUCGGAAUGAAGUUCCUCCAACACCUCCCAAUGAACCUGUGACUCCAAAAAUCAAAAUGGGGUUGACUGCUGUGACAAAUGAAAAAUCAGAAGAAAAGUGUAAAAAGCAAUCGUUGACUAAAAUUACCCCCGUUUGCUUAACUCAAAAUCCUGUUUUUGAAAAAGCAGAAACAGAGAUUUCUCCAUCUCAUCAUGUUGACUGUAGUUAUGUGGUAAAUUGUAGUGCUGAUGCUCAAGGUUCUUUCAUUGACGAAGGGUUUUUACUUCAACUGUCUCAAGACAAUUUAGCAUCCCCACCCGGGCCCUGCAGUGCAGAGGCGUUCACCAUUAUUGAUGUGGCGGGUAGCCGAGUUCUUUUCCAGACAUUCAUAAAAGAAUGGAAAAGUAAACGAAGAUUUGCACUAGCUGCUGCGUGUGAGAAAAAGGAAUGUGUUCUGUCACCCAGCUCAGAGAUAGGUGGAAGAUUCAGACAAGCCCAGACUACAAAGAUUCAAGCCAAAGCCAAUGGCUUAGAAGUGAGCAGUCACAAAGACCUUAUAUUGAUUGGAUUGUGUGUAUCUUGGGGAGGGAAGGAUGCUUAUUACAUCUCCUUGCAGGAUGGUCAGCAAAACACUGGAGACUUAAGCAACAGUUUGGCUCCUCCGCCUCUAGACCCUGACCUUUCUGUGAAAGAGCGGCUCCUCCAUGUGCGUUCAUGCUUGGAGCAAGGUGGACUUACUGAAGAACGACGUUCAAUUAUAACAUAUGACUUUAAGCAACACUAUAAAAUUCUCCUUCAAGCCUGCAACAUCUCCAUGGAAGGCAAUUAUGAAGAUCCAAAGGUUGCUUGUUGGCUGCUGGAUCCUGGUUCCAAAGAGAGGACCCUCCAUAAUAUGGUGACCAACUUUCUCCCUCAGCAACUUGCACUGUUAGAAGGGGUGAAAACAAGUCAAGGCAUUCAGAGUCUUGGGCUGGAUGUGCAAGCAGAUGUCUCAGGCCGUCACAGAGCCUCCAUCGAGUCUGUGCUAGUCUUUAAUGUAAUGAAUCAACUUAAUAUUCUACUUCAGAAAGAAAAUCUGCAAGACGUGUUUUGCAAUGUUGAAAUGAAGACCCAAUAUUGUCUGGCAUUGCUGGAGAUGAAUGGGAUAGGAUUCAGUACCGCUGAGUGCGAGAGCCAGAAAUAUAUAAUGCAGGCUAAACUUGCAGACAUUGAAGAACAAGCUUAUCAGCUAGUGGGACACAGUUUCUCUCUGACCAGCCCAGAUGACAUUGCAAAGGUUCUGUUUUUGGAGCUCAAACUUCCUCCCAAUGGAGAAACCAACACUAAAGGUAAGAGGACUCUUGGCUCUACAAGGAGGACUGUACCACUAGGAGGAUGUGCCAGGCUGUCCAAACAAUUCAGCACAAAUAAGGAGGUUUUGGAGAAAUUGAAGCCCCUUCACCCUUUACCAGGUUUAAUCUUGGAAUGGAGGAGAAUCGCAAAUGCAAUUACCAAAGUAGUGCUCCCACUGCAGCGAGAGAAAUAUCUCCAUGGUCGACUGGGAAUGGAAAGGAUUUAUUCCAUCUCACAGACACACAGUGCCACUGGUCGAAUCAGUUUUACUGAGCCAAAUCUGCAGAACAUACCAAAGGAUUUUGAAAUUGAAAUGCCGUCAGUGAUUAGAGAGUGUCCACUCCUCCAGGCAACAAGCAGUAUGGUUCUCAGGCGAUCCAGGAGAAGGCAAGGCCACAGCAUAGUGCAAUUAGCUGGAAAUACUUCAAUGGGUGAUGGAAAGAGUGAUAAAGGCCUGUCAUAUGCUGUCAGUAUAAGGCAUGCGUUUAUACCCUUCUCAGGUGGUCUGAUUCUGGCAGCAGAUUAUUCCCAGCUGGAGCUACGAAUUCUGGCUCAUCUUGCGAAGGAUAAUAGCCUUAUUCAGAUCCUAAACAGUGGGAAAGAUGUGUUUAAGAGCAUUGCUGCAGAAUGGAAAAUGGUGGAGCCAGCAUCAGUAAGUGACGAGUGGCGACAACGAGCUAAACAGAUCUGUUAUGGUAUAAUUUAUGGGAUUGGAGCCAAGUCUCUUGGUGAGCAAAUGGGUCUGGAUGAGAACGAUGCAAGUUGCUACUUAGAAACAUUCAAAUCUCGAUACAAAGGGAUUCAGAUAUUUCUACAGAAAACAGUAAAACACUGUCAGGAAAAUGGGUUUGUUCAAACAAUUCUUGGCAGGAAACGGUACCUUCCAGCAAUAAAGGACCCCAAUCCUCAUGUCAAAGCUCACGCUCAACGACAAGCAGUGAACACCACUGUACAAGGAUCAGCUGCCGAUCUGGUAAAAAUAGCAACUGUUAAUAUUCAGAAACGACUGGAAGAAAGCUUCCCAUCUGUCGCCAAAUCACAUGGUCACUGGAUGUGUAAGGUUCAUGAAGACAGAAGACAAGGCGUCACCGAAAGGAAGAAACAUCGAGAAAUGUACCAGCCAGGAAGUGGAGGAUUUUUUAUCUUGCAGAUGCAUGAUGAACUCCUUUAUGAAGUUGCAGAGAAUAAUGUAAUACAGGUUGCUCAGAUAAUGAAAAAUGAAAUGGAAAACGCCAUGAAACUGUUGGUAAAACUCUCCGUCAAAGUAAAGUUUGGUCCUAGCUGGGGCAAUCUUCAAGACUUAGCCUUGUCAUGAAGAACUUGGACCAAAUUAAAAAAUGUAAAUUAACUUUAUUUAUUCAAUGCUAUUUGAUAGCUUAAAAUAUACCAUUUGUUAACUAAGUAUUUUGAAGAGAAAUUGAAUAUACUGUAUAUUUAUAUAUAAUGAAAGCAGAUGAGUAAUGAAUUGUUGACAUUGGUUAGUUGACAUUUAUUGAC